CGCACAUCAACUGAAUUGCCCACAGCAUGGGGUUCCUUGGCGGGUUGCUGCACGGCAAAGGAGCGAUCCGAGUGAACGUGGACAAACCAUACUAUAUAUCUGGGGAAGUGAUCACGGGAAAUCUAGCAGUAGACGUCCUCGAGCCAAUUGAAUGCAAUGGGGUCGUGCUCGUGGUGACAGGGAAGGAAAAGGUGUAUUGGAGCGAAAACCACACCGAGACCAACGCCAACGGUGAGAGCCGGUCGGUCACACGUGUCUUUGCCGAUCGCCGCGAAUUCUUCAAGCAAAAGAUUGUGCUCUUCAACGUCCAACACUCGCUCGCUCCUGGCAGCUACAUCUACCCGUUCCAGUACCAGCUCCCCCCGGGCCUCCCUGGCUGCUUUGACAAUCAAUCGGACGCCGGGGUCAAGGCCAAGAUUGAGUACUCGAUCAAAGGGUCUGUGGACGUCGCAGGUCUCUUCAGCAAGGACCUCAAGAGUCGCCAGAAACUCACUGUGUACGCCCAACUGGCCGGCGUGGUCGCGCCCAGCGCCGAUCAAAAAGUGCAGACCGUGCGGCUCUUUUGCUGCAUUUCGCAAGGCACGUGCUCACUUCGUGCCAUCAUGGACAAGAACAUGUACGGCCCUGGCGAGACUCCCCAGAUCCACGUGGACGUCCAGAACCAAUCAUCCCGCGAUGUGACCGUCAUGCGGUGCGAACUCCGCCGCCAUGUCCAAGCGCAUGCGUCUGGCAAGACUCGAAACAUGACCAAAGUGAUCUGCCAUGCCGCCUUUGCUGGGGUUCCAGCAGGGGGGGCGGUGUCGCAGCCCCAGCCGUUCCAGCUCACAGGAACCUCCAUGUACCCGUCGACCCGAUCGGCGCUCCUGUCGUGUCACUACACGAUCGACAUUGUGUGCGACAUUGCCCUUUGCCCAGACGUGGAACUGCACUUGCCCAUUGCGUUGGGGGCCCCCACGUUGGUCCCUGUCUUGACGGCGCCACCCUUCGGAACCACCUACUCUCAACAGCCCACCGUGAACCAGACCCCCUACCAAGGCGCCCAUGUCUCCUCGGAUGUAUAACUACUGUAGACCCUACUCGGCAAUCGCUAGCCUUUGACCGUUUGUCAACUGGUCGUGACGUGAAGUGGAGUAUAACAAUGACCACCAGCAUCAUCAUAGUGUACUGGUGACAAGUGCGCAGUGGGUUUGCACGGAACUUUACACCUAUAAAACAUCAUAACGUUGUGCACGUCAAAGCCA